UCUCAGCAGGCCUCCGCGAGGGUAGCAGGCCUCCGCGGCUGGGCUGGGAACCCCUGAGCCAUGGGGCGGGAUGCCAUCCUGGACGCUCUUGAAAACUUGACAGCAGACGAGCUCAAAAAGUUCAAGAUGAAGCUGCUGUCAGUGCCACUGCGCGAGGGCUAUGGACGCAUCCCACGGGGGACCCUCUUGCCGAUGGACGCCAUAGACCUCACUGACAAGCUUGUCAGCUUCUACCUGGAGACUUACGGCAUGGAGCUCACAAUGACUGUGCUUAGGGAGAUGGGCAUGCAGCAGCUGGCUGAGCAGCUGCAAACGGUCAUUCAGAAAGAGUCUAAAGCUGUGGCAGCUGCAACCAGUGCCCCUCCUCAAAGGGCAGCAAGAACAGCACAUUUCGUUGACUGUCACCGGCAAGCGCUCAUUGCCAGGGUCACAGACGUCGAUGGCGUGCUGGAUGCCCUAUAUGGCUGCGUGCUGACUGAAGACCAGUACCAGGCAAUUCGGGCAGAGACCACCAAUCCAAACAGGAUGAGGAAGCUCUUCAGCUUCUCUCCAGCCUGGGACCUGGCCUGCAAGGACUUGUUCCUCCAGGUUCUAAAGGAAAAGCUGCCCUACUUGGUGGCUGACCUGGAGCGGAGCUGAGGUAUUUUCUCCAGCCACAGCCCCUACACAUCUAGCUUUGUAUACACAACUUUAAAAAAAAAGUUUGUACUUGUGUUUUCUCUACUCCCUUGGAUGUUUGUGCCUAGCUAAGCUACAUUUCUAAAAGCCAAAUGAGCUAAAGGAUGGGGCUCAUUUGUAGAUCAGUGCACCUACUGUGCACAAACCCCUGGACUUACCUCCAACACCCAAAUUCCACAAAGUUCUGAUUUCACUGUUCUAGCGUGUAAGAUUUCUUAAAUGAUUCCUGGUUCCCCAUUUGGGAAUUUUUCCUGUAUUAUCCCAAGGGAUUACUCUUGAGAACACACUUAAUAUCUAGAUCUGUCUAGAUCUAGUUAAAAUGGAGAUGUGUGGGGGAUAUGUACAAUGGGGCUUAAAACUGGGAGGGGCAACUCUGCCAGGGGCGUCCAUGUAAAAUUCUGUAUGUGCUCUACCUUUUCCGUAGUUAUACUAUUUUCACAGGAGAGGCAGAGGUACCAGCAGAUUAGAUUACUAAGGAGGCCCAGAAUGCCAACCACCUACCAACUUUCCUUCCUCUACCAGACUUGAUCUAAACUCUUAGCUGCAACAGGCCUCUGAUUGGCCCUCCCUGCAUCUAGUCUACCUCCAAAGGCCCGAGUAACCAAAAGAAGGCCAUAGGAACAGACUGUCUUACUAAUCACACCUGAACUUCCAGCCUGGUCCUUAAGGCCAGCCAAGCCCCUCUCCUCCUGCUCUUGCACACAUGUCCCAUAGCCACUAUUCUCACACCAGGCCCUACGUUUGGCAUACAGCUCUGGAAAUCCUACCUGUCCCAGCCUACUCAAAGACACAUCUGCCAGCUCAGAAAACACUUCCCAGUGUCUCUAUGGCAAAGUAAGCCAUCACCACAGUGCAUUUUCACAAGUGACCCUAAUAGACUGGGCCUGCCAUUAAAAUACAGAAACUUUUUUUCCAA